UCUUCCUACCCCGGAAUCGAUGUUUGAAUUUCCCCCCGUCGUCCGCUUUGACAGCAGUGAAUCGAUUGCGUUCGAGGCUCCCGCAUUUAUGUGGCAUGUGUCACAGCUCGGUUUACUCGGUGACAGUGGUCUCUGUCUGUCGCAGCGACUCGGACCAGCGACGAGCUCUGUUCCAUGUUUGACAGUAUGCUAAUGUCCCAUGUACAGUAGCAGCACGUCAAGCUAACUUGAGCUAAGUACCUGGUGCUGUCUUUCACCUGGACUCCCUCUCCCAUAUAUAUAUAUAUAUAUAUAUAGAUAUAUAUCUAUAUAUCUAUAGAUAUAUAUAGAUCUAUAGAUACAUGUAGAUAUAUAUAGAUAUAUAGAUAUAUAUAUCUUUCUUCACACAGUGCAUCUCUGAGCCGAGGUUAUCCCACCGUCAUAUGAUUUUGUGCAUUAAAACACACACGGUCAGCAACACAGUGUCGAGGUAGUGUCGGCUUACUGUGCCUGUGUCAGCGACCUCGUGCCCCAGAGGAGACGAGGUGAUGUCUGAGGUCAGGGAGGACCUGAAGGAACCGGAGUCCGGGGCGGGCGGUGACCAGGGUGGACCAUGUCCUGACACCGCGACACCUCUGGUUCAUGAAGCUUCCUGGCCUGACCUGCAGGGUCUUCCGCCUGCUGGUCGCUCAUCCUCGGCAGACAUUAGCCCCUCACCUCCUGCUGAGACGAGUGGCUUGUUGUCACUACCAUGGGAGAUAGUAACCCACAUAGCCUCGCACCUUCCUGCUCAGUGUGUCAUCACUGUGCUGCCAAAGGUCUGUCAUGCAUUGGGUAUUGUGGGUAAGGACAGCACCGCUUUGCAGCUCCGAGCACGCAGAUUGAUAGGACCCCAAGCUGGCUUUCCAGUGGGGCCAAGGGAGGACUUUGACUGGCCUGCUGCUUGUCUGGAGAUUGAGCAGCUGAUAACCUGCUGGAAAGGCCAAGCAUCCCUACACAAGAAGGGUUGCAGGGAAGGGUAUCUAGUAAGGCAGCAGCAAAGGGCAGGGCAGGACAGGGAACCAGGUGCAGAAGGACAGGAUAAUGGCAGGGAGGCUGAGGUAGAAGGGGCAGGGGUGGCUGUGUGGGAGGCUGCGUAUGGUGCUGAUGAAGAAAUGGAGGUGGCAAUAGAGGGCGAGGAUGGGGAAAUGCAGCCCAUUGAAGGUGAGGACCAAGUAGCCAGAUUGAGAGAGGAGGUGGAAGAGAGACUGGAGAUUGAUGCAGCAGCACUAAUGGAAGAAGAAAGGGAUCACAGGAUGGAGUUUAUUGCUAAUGAUGGGCAAGAUGGUGCUCUUAAUCAGCAAGGGGACUUGGCAGACCCCAGGAAUCUCGGUAAUGGAAGACAGGAAGACGUGGAGCAAUGUCAACCAUGCAGAAGUCCUAGCCCACCCCCAGCAUUAGAAUGCAUCGCCCUACCUACAGACCACUUUGCCCACAUCAACUCGGUCCUCCUCAUUGGUGGAGAGGGGAAAGUUCUUGCUACGGGUUCCAGAGACCGGACUGUUAAACUGUGGGAUCUGCAAGCAGGCUCUAGUGGCACGCUGCUGCACACAUUGGUAGGUCAUCAGGGCUGGGUCUGGUGCCUGGCAUGUCGGGGAUCUCUGCUGGCCUCAGGGGGCUUUGACAGCACAGUGAGGCUGUGGGACCUGCAGGCCGGUUGUGCAGAGAGGGGCCUUAUCAGGGCUGGGGCCGCUGUCCUCUGCCUGUCCUGUCAGCCGGAUGUGCUGCUGGCUGGUGCAUUUGACAAGAGGGUCAGCAUGUAUGACACCAGAGUGGCUGAACCCCUGGUGAAAAGCCUCUGCCUCCAUGGUGGCGCUGUCAUGUGCCUAGCUGCAGAUGACAAGUACAUCAUUUCUGGGGGUAAAGACUGCACUGUGUCCGUCUAUGACCGCAGGGCAGGCAAAGGCUUGCAGAAAGUUCGGCUGAACUCUUAUCUGCGGUCCAUAAGCUACAGUGGCAGUGAGAUAUGGGCAGGAGACAACAAAGGCACGCUCCACUCCUUUUCUAUGCGGGCGGGGAGCUUCAAAAUCCUGUCCCAGUUUGAUGUGGGACACACAGCUGCGGUCAAUGUCAUCCACUCAUCCCCUGGAAGCCUCUAUACAUGUUCAUCUGACCGUACUGUCAAGGUACACAUCCCUUGUGCGCCUCCAAGGACAUUAUGCACACUGCAUUAUCAAGCUGAAGUCAGUGGGCUAAGUGUGGAUGCUGGAGUCCUUGCUGUAGCCUCAGGGGAUGUGUGCCUGGAAGUCUGGAGGCCCAGAAAAUGAAAGAGCAACGCCUACAAACUACACUAUGUGGCACGGAUUGAAAGCAGAAUGGGGCAAGACCUGAAGCCUAUCAACACAAAUCUGGUCCUUCAGCAUUUUGGAAUGCACAUAACACAAUGAAGGAAACUGUUGUAUAUAUAGCCAAAUAAAUUAUUUCAUUUUGAUGGACUACAGAGAUGUUUUAAAAGUGAAAACUAUUGUUUUCCCUAUGUUUUAGGAAAAAGUGCUACCACUUGUGUAGUUUAUCUUUUCUGCUAAUCUUUAUAUCCUUAUGUUGAUAUUGUCAUAUGGCAGAGGUGGGGUUGGGAAAGUUCAGCUUUCUCAACCCUUUUUUUAUUCCUUGUUUGAUUCUGUUGAGAGAUGUUUCUGCAAACAAUUAAAACUUAUAGGAUGCAUAUUUAUUCCUAAUGUAUGUUCCAUGGAGAUUGUGCCACUUGAAGCUUCCAAAGAAGUUUUUUCCCUUCCUCUUUAAGUUGUUUGUUCAAAUAGUCUGAAAAAUACAGAUAUUAUAAAAGGAUAAUAAUAUUUACAUGCUCAAAAAUUGAGCAGAUCCAUUAAAGGAACUGACAUUGCAUUAGUUGGCAGAUACAAAUAGCAUUAAUGAUCCUUCAUGUACAGUGAAUACUUCACAGAUUAUAUAUGUUAAAACACACUAAAAGACUUGCCACUGAAGAUGUAAUUAAAUGGUCACAUACAUGUAUUAUACUGUUAUGUAAAGAAUCAAAAUCAAUAAAAGCUAUUAAAAAUGAGUUUUACCCCAA